UUUUUUUUUUUAAUAAUCAAUUUGUCUUCUAUUGAUUGAUUGCUAAUUCAAUCGACAAAAAGAAAAAGAUAACGAUAAACGAUAAACGAAGAAGAAUCUAAUUCAUAACAUUCUUCUUGCGUUUUUGGUCAUCAACAAAAAAAAAUUUUUUUUUUUUUUUUGCAGAAGCAGCAACCAUUGUUCAUCCAUCAUCAUCAUGAAUUUGGCACCAAAUUCCUAUAAUUCAAACAUUGUCUAUCUGAAUGGCCAUAAAAAUCCAUUUGAUCGACAAUUUGAAUUAGCAUUGAAAAAUCGUAUCCAUCAUUCACAACAACAACAAUCUACAACGUCGUCGACAACAACAUUUUCAUCGUCAUCUAAUGAAAAUAAUAAUAAUAAUCGUUAUAAACAAAGAUCAAAUGCCGUUUCGGUUAUAUGUCCACCACCAUAUAAAGAUCGUGGAUCAGAAAAAAUUCGAUCAGCGCCGGUGAUACUUGAAAGUGCCAAUAAUAUCGAUGAUUGUUCAAAUGGAAUAUCGAACCAAAAUGAUGAUGAUGAUGAUGAUGAUGAUUCAAUACAGCAGCUGAUGAAUAAAAAACGUAAACGACCAUUACCAGCUACAGAAAUUUUUAAUGAUUUUCCUGCCGCCAAAGCUUCAACAACCCAAACAACCAACAUUAUACCUCAUCAUCAUAUUACGGAAAAACAAUUAUUGCCUCCUCCCAUACCAUCAUCCCAAUCAAUCCAACAACAACAACAACAACAAUCAUUAUCCACAGAUUCUCUAAUUGAUUCUAUUCAAUCGAAUCAAAAGAUGAUUUUACCCAAACAAAACAAUCCAUCCAUUGAUUCAAAUUCUAAUAGUAAUUUAUCAUCAUCAUCAUCAUCAACGGCAAGUGGAAAUAGUACGGAUAUUAUGGUAUCAAAACAUUUAUCUUCUCGUCUUCCACCACCACGAAGAAAAGAGAAAACAAUGGAUGAAUUGAUUGAUAAGAUUAAAGCAACUGAAGCUGCAUUACCACCACGUGCUAAACCUGGCCGUAAAAGUAAAUCCGCAGCCGAAGAAGAUACAAAAGAAAAGAAACGUUUAUCACUUGAACGUAAUCGUGCCGCUGCAAUGCGUUGUCGAUUGAAAAAAAAGAAAGAAAUUGAUGAACUAAAGAAUCGUGUGGAAAAAUAUGAACAACAAAAUCAACAAUUAAAAAAAAUUAUCGAUUCAUUAUAUAAUGAAGUUACCUUUCUUAAAACCGAAUUAUUACGACACAAAGAUUGCAAUUGAUUAUCAUUUUAUCAUCAUUUGUUUGUUUUGUUCAUCCAUUUUGCUUAUUAUUGACCAAUUUUGGGGAAAAGAUUUCAAAUUUUUUUUAAAGA